UUUUACAGGCGAAACUACAGAUAAUAAAGGACAGUAGGAGAAGUAAAGGCCCGUCGUCUGGCAACACUGCGGGAGCCAAACAAGCAGCAUGGCGGACGUGAGCCUUGACGACCUAAUCCAGCGCCGCAAAAUACGCUUCGGCAGGCAGCAGGGGACGAAGGUCAAUGAUGGUGGGGGCAAGGGCUGGGUGCCAAUGAAAGGACGCCUCAACAAGCCAGGAUACUCUGACCGCACUACUCCCUCUGGGGGGUUUGGGGAUGUGAGGAACAAAAUAAUCCACAAAAAGAGGCUUCGUAUGAGGGAUGCGCGGGAUCGCCUGGCUGAGCUUGCCAAACAAGGCGAUGCUCGGGACCGCAUCAACAAAAUGAGGAAGAAAACUGUCCCGUUGAAGUCCCCACCAGUCUGGAAUCCUGAGAAGAUCAUGCAUAAUGAAAACCAACCUUCACAUUUAACAGGCAAGACUCGCAUGAGAGGUACAGCACUAAUUCGGACUGUGGCGGGUGAAGUGAACAGCACAAAGCCUCCAGGUCCUCCAAUUCGUCGCCAACUGACCUCAGGACUUCAGUCUACGCAGAGGAGAAAUAUCACAAGUGGCCGUUAUCACCCCAUACCCAGCAACCCUCAUGUGGUCACUAUUAAAAAUGAGAAGGCAGAAAUGCAAAGCCCAUACAAUCAGAGCUUCAAUAGUUUCAGAGCACAAGUAAGGGCCCAGCCAGUGAAGCAUGCCACACGCGUUCCCAUGUCCAGGGCCGCCACAGUACCAUCAUAUGCCUCUUUGAGCCGGGAGAGGAGUGGAAUGCGUUCAGCAGGAAUGAUGCAGGCCAGACCUCCAGUGUCACUGAUGCACCGCCCUAGGAAGUCCCCUGAUAUGGAGGAGGUUCAUCCAACUAGGCUGGAAAUAACCACUUCUAACAAUUAUAAGGAGCCCAGCCCAACCUACAGUGAUGACUGGGAUUAUCCUGCCAGACACCCACCUCGUCCCCCUAUAGCAAGACCAGUUCCUGCAAGGCUUCCAGACACAGGACCUGAAAGACUGGCUGUCAGAGUGCCUGCCAAGAAGAGGCCUAUCUACGAGGAAAAACAAAUUGAGCCCAUGCGCCAUCCCAAGAAAAUAGCUGCAAUAUCCUCAGGGCUAAUGGCUCGCCUUGAUCAACCCCAACGAACCAGCCAGAUGCAGGGAACGAGGGUACUUGUGACAAACUUGCAUCACUGUGUAAGUGUUGAAGACAUGGAAGAGCUCUUUGGCACAAUUGGUACCAUCAUCUCUGCACGUAUGGUGAGGGAAGGCGUGGCAGAAGCCAUCUUCCUGAAUGAAGAGGACGCUCACAAGUCAGUGGAAGUGUUCAAUAACCGCCAGCUGGAUGGGCAACCAAUGUGUGUAUCGGUGUGCAAAAAGGUUCCAGUUCUUCCUGCUCCUCUGCAACCCCCCAAAACAGAGACUAAGUCAGUCUUGAAGGCUGCAAGUGGUGGCAGCAGCAGUGUGGUGAAGCCAACAACAACCAAUCCCGUCAUGAAGAGGCAUGCACCAGUUACCCCUAACAUCAGUGCUAUACAUCAGGCAUUGUUCAAUAGGUCACAGCCACCGACUUCAGGCCAAGUUUUCCUCGUGAAGCUGCCAAAGCCUCAAGCUAAAAAGGAUAUCAUAUAGACACCCUCUUUAGAAAUAUUAUUUAACUUAUAUUCAAGAACAGAAAAAUAUAGGCCAGAGUGGUCCAACAAUGGGUUUGUGGGUUGAUUUUUCAUGGUGUGCAAACUCUGAUGUUAAUAUAUUGAUUCAUUCUAUAAACAUUAAAGUAAUUGCAAUUCUAAGGCUAUGCAGUAUAUGAAAUAAUACUAGAUUACUUGCUAGCCCUUCCUAAGACUUUUGUAUCUCUAAAAGACCAUAUAUUAUUUUUUUAAGCCUUAGUAUAGGUCUUCGGUUUAAAAAAUAUAUAUAUGUAUAUAUGCAUUCAUGUACAGUAUAUACAUGAUUCAACUUGUGGCCAUUGACAAAUUUCAAAUUUAGUACUGAAGGCCCAUGGUGUCAGUUGGACCGCCCUGUCAUAAGUUACUGCAUGUUUCUUAAUUUUUUUAUUUUGAAAAAGAAAAUGCUAUCCAGUCAAAAUGGUGACCAUGUAACUGUACAGAAUUCAACUGCACAUGAUAAAACUUGUUAAGAUUUUUGAUUUAAUAAAUACUGCAAAUUGAA